CAGUCUGGCCCCUCCCUGACCUGGAUACGCACUCAACAUGUCUCACCGCUGCGAGCCUGAAAACUAAGCCAGCAGGCAGGAAAGCAGGAAGGCUGGCAAGGCUGCUCGUGUGCCAAAACCGGCUGGUUUCCGUCCUCUGACCUGAGAAGGACCCGUAGGUUGUAAGGUGGCGGCCGGUUGCCGACUGAGUCAGUUUUCUUCGAAGAAGAAGAAGUAAGAAGAAGACGUGGAGACAAGGAAAGCAGUGGAUGGACACAACAUGGGCUCGGACGAGGCCUACAAUUUUGUCUUCAAGGUUGUUCUGAUUGGAGAGUCAGGCGUGGGCAAGAGCAACCUGCUGUCCCGCUUCACCAAGAACGAGUUCAACCACGACAGCCGCACCACCAUCGGCGUGGAGUUCAGCACACGCACCGUGCAGCUCAACACCUUCACCAUCAAGGCGCAGAUCUGGGACACUGCGGGACUGGAGCGCUACCGGGCCAUCACAUCGGCCUACUACCGAGGUGCGGUGGGAGCCCUCCUGGUGUACGACAUCACUAAGCACCUGACCUACGAGAGCGUGGAGCGCUGGCUGAAGGAGCUCUUUGACCACGCCGACCCCCACAUCGUGGUCAUGCUGGUGGGCAACAAGUCCGACCUGGAGUCGGAGAGGUCGGUACCCACGGAGGAGGCCAAGGACUUUGCAGAGAAACAAGGUCUGUUGUUUCUGGAGACCUCCGCUUUGUCGUCAACGAACGUGGAGGCUGCAUUCAACACUGUCUUAACAGAGAUUCACAAGAAGGUGAGCAAUAAGGAAGUGACGCAAGGCUCCAUCAGCGCCGUCACCUUGAACACCCCCAGAUUGGAACCCACCGAGGAGAAGAAACCUUGCUGCAAGAACAUCUAAGCUUCCGAGGGAAAGCGUGGACCUUCGGUGGGGACGGGGGAGAUCCGAGCCAUGAGACUUUAUUGCUCAGUGACUGUUUUUGUCAAUGUCUUUAUGUCUCAAAAGUGUUCUCUGUCAAUUGACUGUCUGUUGUCGUACCAGAGCGGCUCCAAUUACCAGAGACAAAUUCCUUGUGUUUUUUUGGACAUACUUGGCAAAUAAAGAUGAUUCUGAUUCUGA